AUGGCGCAGGCGCGAGACAUGGGAUUCAACCCCUCCUCACCUCACUCGUCGAGCGGCUGUGCCGACUCGUACAAGCAUGACGGAACUCCGGAUACCCGAUUGACUUCGUUCUCACCGGAUGACAACUCGGCGGGAUCCAACAAGCUUCUCAACCGGACUCUGACCCUCAGCACCGCCACCUCCCAGGAUGCACAUUCUCACCGUUUCCAUUCGCACACCUCAUCCGACGGCUACUCUGUAGCCCCAGCCAGCGGCUCCGACAAGGACCCCUUUGUUUCCACCUCGUCCAUCUCCAAGCAGGACCAGAAACUGUCACCUACGGCCUCCUCAUUCCUUCCUGUCUCUGUUUCUGGUCCCCUGCCGUCCUAUGCCCAACAGGACAGCCCCAAGGCCGCAGACAAGCUCAGUACUGACCUCAAUAUCUCCCGUUACCUUGUCUUUUAUUCGUCUCAGCCGAUUAGGAUCGCUGGCGUUGAUGAGUAUCUCCGGAAGCUGGAGAGACUUGGUUCGCCUGUGCAGGGCAAACACCAUGCCGUCCAAGAGGGAGUCAGAGUCUUGCUUCGUCUGACAGACAUCCGUGAUGCUCGCAAAGUUCACGACAAUGUUCAGCUAGGCAAUCCGGAUUGGCGUGCAACCUACAUUGCGCCUGUUGACUUUUUCCACUUUGCAUCUCCGGGUGCUUCGGUCGACCCAGUCUCUGAAGGGCAGCUCCUGGUUCUCGCCUUUCCGGGUUCGGGUUACGCUUUUCCCUAUGCUCAGUCUCAGGUGGAGGCAAUCGUCUACAACUUUCUUCAGGAUGAGGGGGAGUUGUUCGCUUUCCAGCGUCUGACCGAUUCAACCCAAGGUCUCUUCAAGGCCAUUGUGGAGUUCUCUGAUGUCGACGUGGCCGUUGCCGUUGUUUCCAAGUUUAACGGUUUCACUGUCAAUCCGGACACACCAGCUCUGGGUCUCGCAUCAGCGGAUGCCUAUAACAAUCCUCCCCGACCCCAGGUGCAAGAUAUCACCAACAUCUUCCGGAACAUGAGUGUUGCCAGAACCCCCCAGUCAACCCGUCCUUUGGUUGGCGGUGGACGCGUCACUCAAUCGCCUGCCAGCAUUUCCGUUCCCCAGCAGCAGAUUGCUAUGUAUCCGGUGGUUUACCAAACUCCCAUCAAUAGUGGUAACCGCUAUGUACUCGAUCAGACCCCUACUCGUGACCAUAGCGUUGCACCUCUGACUCCUCUGACGCCAAUCAGUGGUGGGCUCUCUGUGAUGAGUUCCUCCAUCUACACGCCGCCCGCGACGCCAAUGGCCAUGAGUUCCUCCAUCUACACGCCGCCCGCGACGCCAAUGGCCAUGCAGAAUGACUAUACCAGUCCUCGGAGCAUGCAGCAAUUUGGACGACCGGAUGGCCGUCGUCAGAACGCCAUGCGGAUCAUGCUUCGUAACAUUCCCAACAAGGUCGAUCAGGCUAUGCUCAAACGAAUCAUUGACGAGUCAAGCUGGGGCAAGUACGAUUUUAUGUACUUGCUGGGUUAUUGCCCACCCCUUCUCAUGCGAACAUUUGCUGAUUUGUUAGCGUCGGAUAUGCGUUCAUCAAUUUUGUCGAUUUUGUCAAUACCCGGGGCAAUCAGCGCUGGAACUGCUUCAAGAGUGAUAAGGUUGCGGAGAUAUCAUAUGCCACUGUAUUUCACCUCCAACGGACCCAGACCUGAUUUAGCUGGACAAGAAGAGCCAUUCCCUGAACCGGAUAAUCAGUCGAAGAUGAAGCGCAGCUGUGAGAAUGCUGAGCAUGUCGGUCUGUUUACUCCGAACGCGGGUCAACACUUCCGCGAUGAGCAGCGUCGUCGUCGCUCACAGUACGAUCGUGGCACCAGACUUGCGGCUCUGGAGGAGUACGACUACGACACUCAGACCCAACCGCAGGCCAUCUAUCCCGCUCAGUGA